AUGGAUCAGACCUACAAACCCACUCCCUCGGCGCCUGUUAUACGUCUGAUGGUCCUCGAGACCGACAAACCUCAUCCAGACACAUAUUCUGCGCGAGGAUCCUUUGGCCGAAUCAUCCAUGAACACUUUUCCAAAGCCGGUGGCGCUCAUCACCCACCUCUGGGCGUGGAAACAGACCAAGUUUUCGUCGUUUCCGACUAUGGGGGUCGGGUUCCAACAGUAAAGGAUUUUGACCGUUUUGACGGGCUGUUGAUAACGGGCAGUGUGUAUGAUGCGCACGGAAACAAUCAAUGGAUACUCGACCUUCUAGAGCUUCUCAGAAAUCUCUGGAUCCAGCGUCCUGAUUUUCAUUUCCUGGGUGUCUGCUUUGGCCACCAGCUACUCGCUCGUCUUCUUGGCGGCUCCGUCGGGCCGGCUCCUUCACAAGAUUGGGAACUAGGUCACUGCCGAAUCACCCUGACGCCUGUUGGACAACGGCUGUUCCGCACACGCGAAGACCAUGUACAUUUACACCAGAUGCAUCAGGACCAAGUUGUCUUGCCGCCAACUGCCGAAUCCGCAGGUCCCAAAAUGCUAUCUCCGGGGUCCGAAAUCACAUGCUGGGGACGCACUGAGCACACACCUAUUCAAGGCCUAUACAUCGCAAAUCGGUUGUUCACCUCUCAGGCACAUUUGGCAUUUGACGAGGACAUGGUGAAAAGACAGAUCCAAAUCCGAGUCGAUGGUGGUGGGAUCCAAGACUUCGAUCAUGCGAAUCGCGCAGCCGAGACAGCCCAUCUAGAGCAUGAUGGCGUGGAGGUUGCCAAGGCUAUUUUGAGGCUGUUCGUAUACGACGAUGAUGAUAUGGGAUUUGAAAAAAGUUGA